AUGGCCCCUGCAACCUCCUCCUCCACCCGGGCCCCCCGUCUCCCGCCGUCUAAGACCUUUCCUGAUUCCCGUGUCUCGCCCUCCUUCGACCUCCGCUCGACUCUCCCUCCUCUGCCGUUCCGUUUCUGCUCGUCACCGUCCUCCGCCGAGGCUUCCUCCUCGCCCCAGGGAGCUUCCGUCCGCACGCCGUCGCCGUCUUGCCACCGCCUCGUCCCGGAUGGCGAGCUGAGUCGACGUCGCCUGCCCUCCGCCAUCGUCUCCAUCUGCCUCGGAGCCGCCGGCCCAGGAUCCGUCCCUCCAUCAUAUAGUCUGGCUUCGACCCCGACCACGACCCCCGACCACGACCCCCGACCACGACCCCCGACCACGACCUCGCUCCCUCGUGACCGUUCGACCUCGUCCUCCUCUCGCCUCGCCAUGCCGCCCUCGCUCACGACGCGCCCGUCCUUCAGCCGCCCGAGGACGGGCGAUCGCGAUGGCCGGCCCGGCACCCGCGACCAGAGCGGCCCUCACGACGACCGCAUGCUCAUCCCGAGCCGCACCUCGUCGCUGCACUCGCGCAUCACCCAGCCCAUCCCCUCGACGCUCGGCCUCAAGGCCCAGCACCGCACCCCCAAGACGCUCACGCACGCCUACAUGGUCUGCGGCGUCGGUCGCGAGCCCUCGCAGUGGGUCAAGGCGCCGGCCCCCGUCCAGGGAAAGAUCAGCCACAUGAAGGGCGCCGUCGGCCAGUUCUGGCUGCCCGAGAUCCUCGGCAGCUCGCCUCGCCUCGAGCAGGACAACGAGAUCGCCCGGGCCUUGCACUCGGCCAUGAGGGCCUGCUUCCCCCACGACGUCGAGAUCUGCACCGGCCGCGGCCAGCCUCACUGCGUCCACCACGCCUUCGUCCUGCAGCAGGACUCGUCCCACACCCUCUACGGCAUCUGCCUGCGCGUCUGGUCCCGCGCCGACGACCGGCGCGCCGAGACCAUCCGCGAGCUGCGGAAGCGCACCGAGCCCGACUUCUACGACAACGCCGACGAGACGUACUGGAUCCCCUACUGCCUGUCCUUCCUGUCGCGGUACCCGCUCUACGACCUCCUCGGCGACUACCUCCGGGGCAUGUGGAUUCACUGGAACAAGGCCACCAACCUCUUCCACGCCGAGGAGGUGUCGCGCAUCCUGAGCUUCCCCGCGCCCCGCCUCAACGACCUCGUCCGCAUCGACAUGCGCGACUACGCCCUGUGCUACCAGUUCCCCUCGUCGCCCACGGGCUUCCAGAACUUCGCCAUGUGGCCCCUCUUCGCCUGCCUGUCCGUGCCCAACAUCGUCGGCGUCGUCGAGGCGGCCAUCUCGCCCACGCGCCGCAUCAUCCUCGUCAGCCACCACCCGGCCAUGCUCACCGUCGCCGCCGAGACGCUCCGCUACUGCGUCCGCGUCUACGAGUGGAGCGGCCUCUACGUGCCCGUCGUCCACGCCCGCCACGCCCACGAGCUCGUCCAGGAGCCGGGCCCCUACGUGCUCGGCGUCACCGCCGAGUGCCGCUCCCUCUUCACCGCCCCCGCCGACGCCCUCGUCGUCGACCUCGACCGCAACUUCGUCCUCACCUCGAGCCCGCCCACGGCCCUCUCGCCCGGCCAGCGCAACAAGUUCGUCGCCCGCCUCACCCAGGCCCUCGACGGCGACGUGACCCCCUCGGGCGUCCCCCAGCACCUGCGCUCCGCCUACGGCGGCGGCAAGCUCGUGCCCGCCGGCCAGAUCAUCGUCAUGCGCGGCGAGGUCGAGUCGGUCGAGGACCCCACCUGGUGGAACCAGGAUUCCGUCAUGGCCGUCAUGGACCACGUCUGCGAGAAGCUCGGCCGCAACACCGGCCUCAAGGCCGUCCUCGGCGGCUCCGUCAAGAAGCCCCUCAUGACCAAGGUCUCGAUGCGCCACCUCAACGAGAUCGUCCGCGAGCGGAACCAGUACUCGCGCGACGCCCUCGAGGCCUGGCAGGACUUCAUCAACCUCAAGGGUCGCAUGGACACGGAGCUCGCCAAGGUCAGCAACCGGAACAACUACCUCGUCGAGGAGCUCGAGAGCUGGAAGCAGCAGUUCCUCAAGUUCCAGUCCUUCGCCGAGCAGCUCACCAAGGAGACGCAGGACCUCAAGGUCAAGAUCGAGUCGCACAAGCGCGAGAACCGCCGGCUCACCGGCCUCCUCGACCAGCAAAAGGACGACGGCGCCCGCCUGACCGUCCGCCUGUCCGGCACCGAGAAGCAGCGCGACGACGCGCUCGAGGCCCUCAUCCUGCAGCAGGAGAUUGCCGAGGAGCUCGAGCGCGAGCGCAAGCGGAACCGGCAGGAGCUCGCCCAGCUGCACCACGCCAACGCGAGCAUCUCGCGCCAGCGCGACGAGGCCCGCCGCGUCGUGCUGCACCUGCGCAGCCUCAUCGGCGGCCAGAGCCAUCACAUGGAGCACCUCGCCCAGUCCCUGACCAAGCCCGACGACCUCGCCGCCGCCACCGACGACGAGGGGGCCGCCGCCGACGAGGACGACGAGGAGCGCGCCGCCCGCCGCGCCAGCCACCGGCUCUCGUCGUCGAGCUUCAUCGACGUCGCCGACCGCCACCUCAAGGACAAGACGGACGCCAUCGCCCACAUCGUCCGCAGCAUCGCCGACCAGUGCCAGGCCGCCGUCGACAGCCUCCAGCUCGCCCAGGACGCCGAGAUGCGAUCGCUCCGACGCCAGAGCAACCUGUCCGUCGUCCCGAGCGAGGACGGCGUCGACGACCGCUCCGUCGCCACCUCGGACGCCGGCGACGAGGCCCGCCCCCAGGCCGCCUUCGGACGCGCCUCGAGCAUCCCGCCGACGCCCGACCUCGUCCACAACCGGAGCAGCACGGCCAUGUCGUUUGCCUCGGCCACGACGACGCCCGAGCGCUCGAGCCAGCAGUUCUCGAUGCACCAGGACAUACCCACCAAGAUCGUCGAGGACGAUGAGGAGUUUGAGGAGUGCCGAAGCGACACGGGCGCCGCCCCCAACGAGGCCAGCGUCGUCGCCAAGCACUCCCAGUCGCUCCUCCACCGCCCCUCGGGCGCGAGGAUCAGCGCGCUCGGCGGCUCGCGCUGA